GAAAAAUAAAUGAUGAAUGAGCAAACGCAGGUCAGUGAUUUUGACGUCAUAUCCGUGGGAAGCAGUUCUUUGGAAGCUAACGUUGAAGAAUUUGCUACCAUUAGAUUUUUUUUUUUGCUAUUUAUUUUUAAACAGAUGUCAAGAUGAUCCUGACAGUUAAACCGCUUCAGGGGAAAGAAUGUAACGUUCAGGUUACAGAAAACGAGAAGGUGUCGACAGUAAAAGAACUGGUGUUUGAGCGCUUGAACAUACCGCCACAUCAGCAGCGACUGCUCUACAAAGGAAAAGCCCUGGCAGACGAAUACAGACUGAGCGAUUACGCCAUCGGCCCAGAGGCCAAGCUGAACCUGGUGGUGCGGCCGACAGGAGAGAGAAACAGCGGGGCGGCGGUCAGCAGUAAUUCCACUACCACCAGUACCAGCAGCAGCAGCAGCAGUGGGAGCACUGGAAGUGGAGUAUGGCAGUUACUGUCCACCGUCCUGGCCAAACACUUCAGUCCUGCAGACGCAGCCAAAGUCCAGGAACAGCUCAUUAAGGAUUACGAACGUUCCCUCAGGCAGCUGAGCCUGGACGAUAUCGAGCGCCUGGCUGGACGCCUGCUCCACCCUGAGGCAGAGGGAAUGGACACGUCAUACAUGGACUGAGACGAGCUACAGUGUAUAUAUACGUACACACAAGAGCACACUUUAACAGCAGCAACACAGCACCCUGAUGUUUGGUUAAAUGUAUGCGAUGAGGACAUUCAGGAACGACGGGACCGUAAGACCACAUCAGCUUACAUCAGGUUGGCCACAUGUGACCGUGGCUCAGCUAAAAUUUUUAAAAGAAGAUUCUUUCCCAGUCUUUUGAACAGUAAUGAAGUGUCAUGAGCAGCACUUGUAUUCGCACCACAUUUCCUUUUUCUUGCUUUCAGAUGUCCUGCCUUUUACAAAUGUGAUGGUCAUCAGCAUGCUAGUUUGUUUUUUUAAUUAGAAACUCUUCACGAGUGAGUUAAAUUCAAGACAUAUUAACAGACCUGCAUUCUCCUUUGAGAAUGUAGAGCGUACAGAAUGUCAUACGUUUGUAAAAGGGAUAAACCUCCUGCAUUGCAUACAACAGGAGCUGGUUUUAUGCAUCAAGGCAAACUAAUGACAACAUGAAUACAGAUUAAGCCUCGCGCAUGAAGAGAGGUCGUGUUUGAUUUUAGGCUGCAUUCGAAUACUGUUUUUAAUUUGCCCUUGCCAACUUCCCCUGAACAUUUCCUCAUUCAGAGAAUCCCUGUCACAUUUUUAAGAAUUGUUCCAAAACUUUAACAAACCACACUUUGUCUAAUAGAUGACGCAUCGGAGGCUUGAGGGAUCGAGUCACCAAAGUUGUACAGUUUAGGAACAGAACCUGCCCAAGAUGCAUUGCUGUUGGGUGUGAUUUCCUUUUUAAACCAGUAAAAAUUGGUGGAAGGAAAUGGCAUAAAAAUGGUAUAAGAUCUGCAACUACUCUAUACCUCACAGAGUACAUAAGUACAGUACAUUAUCCUGCUAGCUAAUUAGCAGGCUGGCUAGUUAGCUUGUUCACAGGAAAUGGACAGGGCAGGUUGCCAUGGAAAUCAGUUUUGACAGCAUUGUUUGUACUGCCAACAACCAAAAUCUCAAACUCAAACUGAAGAACAGCGUUUUAAAAACAGUAUUGAAACGCAGGGUUCAUUUUACAUGGAUGUAUUUAGCUCGAUUGAUCAUGUGAUGUAUAUUUCAUGCUCAGCGUUUUCAGUCUACGUAUGCUGCUUAAUGUUAUCUUUGGAUGCUUUAUGAACCUAUUUAUGAUGGUCAAGGAGUUAAAUUCAUCACUACUGACCACAAAGUUAGUGUUGGCCCAUGUAUAGGUAAGCGCUCCGACUUUGUAAAUACUGUUUAUUAUUAUUAAAAAUGACAACGUUCACUUGA